UCCUAACGACGCACAUCGCUGGAUUGUUUUUAUCCUGUCAAAACAACUUUUGUCACGUGACAGCGUGACGUACAGUCCUCCACUCUGCGCUGAAGCAGAGGUGGGGGGGUUUCCAUCAUGGCGUCGAUGCAGAAAAGGCUACAAAAGGAAUUAUUAGCCAUGCAAAACGAUCCGCCCCCUGGAAUGACGCUCAACGAAAAAAGUGUACAGAACACGAUUACGCAGUGGAUUGUAGACAUGGAGGGAGCAUCUGGAACGCUCUAUGAAGGAGAGAAAUUUCAGCUGCUUUUCAAAUUCAGUAGUCGAUAUCCAUUUGAUUCCCCUCAGGUAAUGUUUACAGGAGAGAAUAUACCUGUCCACCCCCACGUGUAUAGUAACGGUCACAUCUGUCUAUCUAUACUGACCGAAGAUUGGUCACCAGCCCUCUCAGUGCAAUCCGUUUGUCUUAGCAUUAUCAGCAUGUUGUCCAGCUGCAAAGAAAAGAGACGACCGCCCGAUAACUCCUUUUAUGUCAGAACGUGUAACAAAAAUCCAAAGAAGACAAAAUGGUGGUAUCACGAUGACACCUGCUAAUGUACAAACUUUGUAAAUCGUAGAAGAAAGAAGUCCUACUUACCUACAUGAAGCACUUUUUAAUCAUUCAGUCUUUGAACUCUGAACUUUGACUGGAACAAUGGACACCGUGCGCUGGAUGCUCUUAAGGGCAUCAACCCACCCCCUCCCCUCCCCACCCCACCCCACCCCAACCCACCCACUGUGGGCAAUUGGAUGCAUGUUUUAGUCAAAUGUAAUAAACAAAAAAUACUGGGAACGUUUUAGAUGCACCCAAAGGGAUAGUUUUUGGCAAAAAGUUAGUAACAAGCAGCAAGCAAGGAGGAUUUGUAGUGAGAUUAUUAUGAUUUCUGUUUUAAGAUUAUUGUUCCUUUCCUUCUUUUUUUUGUGGGGGUGCAUUUUUAAGGUCCUUGUGUUGUGCAAUAAUAACUGAUGGAUGCAUGCUUGGGCCUACAAAGAGAAAUCCAAAUCAGCUUGUUUUCUGGGAGGGAUCUGACCAUCGAAGACCCAAGGAAGUGCUUCAUCUGUUUUGUUUUGUUUUAGAUUACAUGCACUGUGAAAGUAUCUAGCUCAUAAAGGCACUAUUAGUACGUUAACCCCCAACCUGCAGAUGUACUGCCGGAAGCAGUCCUCCACUUAUUUAUCAGGUGAAAGGGUUUUAGUUUGUAACCACUAUGUAUCAUGAGUACACCGUUUUCCUCUUCGUCUUCCCACCUGAGAGCCGAUCGCCGUGGGACGUCCUGUCGGUGCAGAGAGGAAUGUGACCUCCGGGAGUUGGGCUGAACUCAAAGACGCGUUGGCGCCCUCUCUUCCGUUUAAAGAAUGUCUAAGAGAGAACAUUGUCGCAUGAUCCAUUUUUAUUUGUGUGAUACCGAUUUCUAAUUUCAUGCGUUAAUCUUCUAAAAUCUUUGAUUUUAAAUGUUGAGUUUUUGUUCUUUCAUCUAGCUGAUACUUUGAAAAGGGGUUUUAUUUGCGAUGGGCCAGUGUAUUUGGGACUUUCUCUUAUGUUGUCGUUUAAUUCAAAUCUCCAUUUUGUUCUCCAGAGUGCUAAUGAGUGACGAAAGGGAGAGUUUUUUAUAGAAGCCUUGAAGCUGAGGCAUUUGUAAUUUACCCCCUGGUCAGCGUUUUGGCUCAGGUACCUUUUUCAAUAGAGAGAUCACCUCUAAAAAGAUACCUUUCAGAUAUUUUGAAUUUAACUAUAUUUUCACCAAAAGAGACGGUUAUGGUGCAAGCUGAUAACAUGUCUGAAACUAUUGUGUAUAUAAGUCUCUAAAUGGUUGGCUGAUCUGAACAAAUAUUAGCAGAGGAUGCAUUUGCUUAAUAGCAGAAUGGUGAUCGGGCUGCUUUACUUCAAUUUAGUCUGCAUCUUUUGCUAAUUAGAAUGUGUACAGUCGGCAACAAACACUACUGUUGGUUAAAAAAAAAAAGAAUUAAAAAAGUUAGUAGUUUUACGGUGAGUGAUGCAUGCAAUUUGAAACCCUACUUUUUUUUAUUGGCAUCAGACAUUGUGACGAGUUUAAAAAGUCUUUCCAUGACUUAGGUAAUGGUUUUUGUGAUGGAUCUCCAGAGGCUGUGGGGCUCUUUGUCAUUUCAGACCGUAAUCAAACCAUUCCUAAAGACAUUUUUAUCACCUUUUCAGUCAGAGAUACUUGAAUUUUCCAUCUUGGGUUGUUUGUAUUGCAUUUGCUUUUUUUUUUUUCAGGGUCUAGCUAAGUUUCUUGAAUGGACUUGAGUGAAUGUUCUGAUACUCUAUACUGUAGAGGAGAUUACUACGGCACACCGCUGUCUCAAAAACUAUAUAGAUAACUUAAAGACUUCUAUUUAACCAAUGAAUUAUUUGUUUUAAUUUAAUGUUAUCUUUUUUUUUAGCUUCAUUGUAGGGGUUUUAUCUUUUGUCACCGUGCUGUGAGGGAAAGCAGAAACGAUUGUGUGAACGCAGUCACAGCAGCUUUUCACCCAGUUGGCAGUAGAUCAGAGAUUUGAAAAAACCUGCGAGUGAAAAUGUUACAAGGUUUUGGGCGUGACUUUUAUUUAUUUUUUUCUAGGUUUUUCUUUUUUUUCCUUCUUUUUCUUAAUGUGGUUUGAACUCUUAGCUUGCAGGUUGUUUUGAGUGUUCAACAAUAAUGAGGGUGUGUUAUUUAUUUUUGAAAUGUCCUGGGAUGUGCAAGCUCCAUGUAAAAGGUGCCUGUUCAUUUUCAUAAUCAAUAAUAAAAAGCAAAGAUUAACUUUUA